UUAUCAUCAACAUAUCCACAACGAUGUCAUCAUCGUCAUCAUUAUCCACGACCUAUUAGUUAUCAACCAAGUCUUUCUACACAAUGUACAUGUCCAACACAAUAUCACAGUGGUGAUUCAUCAUCAACUGAUGCUAGUUCAAAUUUUAAUCAGGGACAAAAUUAUCAUAUCUAUCAAGAAAUUUUAAGUGAUGAUUAUAAUUCACAAAUAAUGUCAAAUAAUCAUCGAACUUGUCGUCCAUUACAUAUUGAUACAAAUUCUCCUCCAACAUCAACAUCAUCAAAUACAACAACGACGACAACAAAUCAUGAACAGUGUCAACUUUGUUCACUUAGUGUUCUUGUAUAA